AUGCACAGCGCGCUCCUAAAAAACGUGCACGGCCAGCUGUGCAAAAGCCGCAAUGGCAGCGGGAAAUCCUGUCAACAGUUGGUGCGCUUGAACCAUACAGAAGGGGCACCCCUCGGCGCCAGGGGAGUUAGCUCGGUUGGGGGCUACACUCACAACUACACACGUGCCUGCACAGACCAUCAUGGUUCCCCCUACGUGUGGCAGUUGACCCCGGAGUCCUCAUUUUCUCACCGGGCAAACAUUUACCCCGCCACGUGGAGUAGGACCUUCCACACAUUUGGAAAGUAUGGAGCAUGUUACAGCCUUAUUCGCGUAGGGACAUCCAAAUUGGAGCACACCAUGUGGGCCAACCAUAUGGCCUUUGCCACAGGCACGAAGAACAAAAAGGUCGGUAAGGGCGCAGAGGAGAAAAAUGAUACUACUAGCAAGUACGGAGCACAUGGCGUACGUACGUCGACGGAUCCACUCAAUGAAGAUAUAAAUGAUACAAGCGGAAAGGAAGGAUAUCCUUAUGAAGGAAUAGAAAAUAUGGGAAAAAAAAAAAAAAAAAAGUCAAAAUUGAAGCUACUAGUAUACCUGUUUAGCAUUUCCUUCGGAGGAUACGUCAGCUACAAAGUGUAUGAGAAUGACAUGAAUUUGUCCAAAGCAGAAGAGAGCAUAGUUAAAGAUUUGGUAAACCUAAUAUAUACAUAUGAGGAAAAAAUGAGCAAACAGAAUUCGAAGUUCAUGACCUGUUUGAGUGAACAGUUAAACAAACAAAUAGCAAUGUACUUCCUCCAGUUGGAUGCAGACAAGAGUUCAGGGUUCCUCAUCAGUGACGCGUUAUCAUUUUUAAGUGACCUGAAUAUAAAGGAAGAUAACGCGAUUGUAAAAAAUUUUAUAAAAAAUGGGGUCGGAAAGAAUAUGGAAAUGAAGAAAUUGUCUGGGUGUUCUCUACAGCAAUUUGCGGAACUCCUGGAAAGCUUAAUUCUUGUAAGCAAAACGAAACAAGAAAAUGGCUCCUCACAAGGACAACUACAAAAUAUUAGCAACGACGAUAAUUAUUACCUCAAUAUGCUACAGACAUAUUUAAACUGCGCAGUAAAUAUUGUUAAGACCUCCGACUUAUAUUUGUAUAUUCAAAUGAAGAAAAACGCAGCAUCCUCCUCUCCUGAAGGAAGUCACGACGGAGAACAGAAAGACGAUUUAGAAAUGGCCAUCCUUAAUAAGCUCACCAAGUACAAUGACAAAUAUGUACAAAAAGAAAAUCUCACUCUGGAAUAUUUAUUAAGCAAGGAGGAAUUAUCCAAGUUUAAAAAAAAUGCCAACAUGUCUAGGAAGGAAGAAGAGAAGGAGUUACUCCUCAUCGAGAAAAAAAAACUGGAAGAGAAAAUACAGCUGCUCUUGAAACUGCAAGAUAAAAAGAACUUAACGGAGACGGAGAUUAAGCGCCUGCAAGAUUUGAAGAUCAAACUCAGGAACGUUAAAUAUACAAUAAAGAAGGAGGAGCUGAAGAAGUACUUCCAGUGA